AGAGCGGGGAGGAAGGGAGGGGAGAGGGGGAGAGGAAGAGAGGAGGACUCGGAGAGGAGAGACGAGGCCGCAGCGAGCUCAGGGGCACGUCCGCCGGGCCAUCCCCGCGAGCCAGACGCCGCCAUUCCGCUGCUCGGGGCCCCGCCGCCGCCGCCGCCGCCGCCGCGCCCGGGGGCCAUGCUCCCGCCGCCCCCGCGCCAGCCACCGCCCCAGGCGCGCGCGGCCCGCGGCGCGGUGAGCCUGCAGCGGGCCUUUCUGCGCGGCCCGCUGGGCGUGCUGCGGCUGCUGCAGCUGCUGGCGGGCGCCGCCUUCUGGAUCACCAUCGCCACCAGCCGGUACCAAGGCCCCGUGCACUUCGCGCUCUUCGUGUCCGUGCUCUUCUGGCUGCUGACCCUGGCCCUCUACUUCCUCACGCUGCUGGGCAAGCAGGAGCUGGUGCCGGUGCUGGGCUCGCGCUGGCUGGUGGUCAACGUGGCGCACGACCUGCUGGCGGCCGCGCUCUACGGCGCAGCGAUGGGCGUCAUGAUCGGGCAGACGCGGAGCCACAGCUACUGCAACCUCAAGGAUUACCAGAUGUCCUGCGCCUACCACGCCUUCCUGGCGGCCGCGGUCUGCGGCGGCCUCUGCCUCGGCCUCUACCUGCUCUCGGCGCUCUACGGAGGCUGCCGCCACUGCCAAGGCGAGCGGGAGGUGGCGUGAGGCCGCCGCGCCGCGGGGCUGGGCACCCGUCCUUCCAGCUGCCGCCGCCCCGCUCUCGGGCGCCCCGGCACCCUCCCUUCGCCCCGCGUUCCCGCCGCCUCCCGUACCCCGGAACCCCGAUCGCAGUUCCCGCCCCCAAGGCAUCGCCGCGGCCCAGAGCCGGGACAGCUGCGCGGUCUCCUGGGACCCCGUGGGCUACAUCCGAGGGGGCGGACGCACACUCGCAGACGGGCCGCCCUGAGGCGAAGCCUCGCGGUUCCUCUUCCCCUUCCCGGCCGCGAGCAAGACGUGGACAGGCGCCGCGCAGAUCCGGGCGAGGCUCCCAAAGUGGAAUCUGUGUACUGGCGGCGGCGCUGCCCCCUCCCUCCCGCCCCGCUUUGGGCAGAGCGCCCCCUCGCCCUGGCCCUCCUUACAGCCCCGAGUGCUGAAAAAAGCAGGCAUGCCGCCGCGGGCGGAGCCGGGGACCGGCCUCCGCUGGUCUCAACUUGAGCGACGGGUGUGGUUUUAGUUUGGGAUUGCGCGGGUACCCGGCGCAGCUGUUUGGGGCCAUCCCUCGGUGCUUUGAUGUCUUGAGGUGGGGCCUGUCUGCAACGGUGAAGACGGAUAGGAAGUGCCCGUGGGUUGUGACCUUCUCCUCUGCCUGUUCCUCCUUUGUCGUCGGGGUUCAAGGAGGUCAGGCCCUACCGCCCACUAGCUUUCCUGGCCUCACCUUCCCAGCCUUCCUCUCACCGGCUUCCGUUCCAUCCCCACCUCCCUGUGUCUUUUUGCUUUAGGGGUCCCACGUCACCGUCAAGGAAUGUUAGGCGAGCCGCACCCUUUUUUGCAGAUGGAGACUAAGAUCGUGCCCUUGGGAACAGCCAGAAAAAGAUUAGAACCCCAUCUUCCCACCCCAAGUCAAGAGUUGUCUAGCAGUGUUUACUUUAAAGCUUUGGAUGUUCCCAGGAAUCCCGGCUCUGGAGCUAUUUAAUGGAUGGUUUCAAGGCCAAGGGGGUUUGUCAAAGGUGCUGUCUCCCUUUUUUUGAAGAUUCACAAUGCUCAUUAGCAUAUCAAAGGCUCUGAGAAGUCCUGCACUGAAAGAGGCCCCUGAGUAAUGGAAUUUACAGUGUUAAGUGCCUCUGGACUGGGACCAGUUUUUCCCACCUUAUGUUCCAAGUAGUCCUGAUUCUCCUUUAUCAGCAAGGGCCCCAGCCCGUUGGCUGUGGUCUGUUUGAAGAGGUGGGACACUCCCUCUCUUUCCCAGGGAAUUUCUAUAGCAGAGAGAACCCUCGACUCCCUCUGUAAAAGAUAAGAUAGCCACCCCUGCCAGGCCAACGGUAGCCUGGGGGACAGUGGAUUUGAACAUUCCUUUACGAAGGGAAACGCUACCCACUCCAGUAUUCUGGCCUGGAGAAUUCAAUAGUCUGUGGGGUCACAGAGUUGGACACUACUGAGUGACUUUCACUUUACGUUUUUUUGGGGAGAUGAAGCCAAGGUUAUCCAGAUGGUUUCCCAGUCAAAAGAAAUACCACCCAUAAGAGAUGCUGGCAUUGACCAGGAGCAACUGACAGCAGUGGGUCACACCAAACAGAACGCUCGGGAUCUGGGAUGAACAGCUGGCCAGCUGUAAGAUCAUCACAGAAGCUGCAUCUGCAGCUCAGAUCCAGCCCGCUGAGGACCUCUUCUUAGCCCCAAGCCCGUGGUGCUGUGUCUGUGACCAGGUGACCUUACUCAGGAGCAGACAUCUCCCUGGCCUUCAUGGUACCUUAUCCAGCCACAUGUGCCUGAAACAUUCCAGAGCUCACUGGCUCUGCUAACUGUGCCUUCCUGCUUGGCCUCCCACUGCUUCUCCAGAUGUGGGAAGGACCUGAAGACGGCUCCACACCAUCUUCUGCUCCCUUCCAGGACCCGGGCCGUGGGCAAGGCCGUCUGAAGUUGGCCUGGAACUUUGGGUUCUGGAGGCAGCCUCCUUGGCCUCCUGCUCUGGACUCCAGGACUCUAUCCAACCUGAGACUGCUGUGGGCUGCCCCCAGCCCAAAAGUCUGGGACCACUUGCAGGCCCAGGAGAGGAUUUCUCUGGUGUUCAGCAAAGGCCAAAAGAGAGGGUGGGUGAGGAAGGGUAGGGAGGGGGGACCGAAGUGCCUCAUUCAGUAGUUUAGUGGUGAUGAUGGAUACGCUUUUCUGAAUAAACUUUGGUUUGUCUGA